AUGAAAUUACUUGUGAAAAUCGUAAUUUUCGUAUCACUUUGGCAAUCGGUUUUUGCUGGCAUGGCAGAGAUGAGAAGGAAAUCCCACACCGAAGAAUUCGAGGGCAUGUCAGCCUUGUUCAGAGCCAUGUCCUCUUCGCCAAACGAUGGCUACACCUACAACUGGAGCGUGGUUUCGUUUUCAACCGAUGGCCAACCAGAUUCCGCACUAAACUGCACUGUUUUGUAUCUGGAUCAGUGCACGUCCUGGAACAGAUGUCGUCAGACCUGCCUGAAGACCGGAGCCACCAGCUACAGGUGGUUCCAUGAUGGCUGCUGCGAAUGCGUGGGCGAGCACUGCAUGAACUAUGGCAUCAACGAGAGCAGAUGUCGACUGUGUCCUGAACCAGGAUUCGAGGAUGAGGAAGAUUGAAAUUUUAUAGAAAACAUUUUCCAAAAUCCGCUCAAAAUUUGUAUAAUACAGAUUUAUUUUUAUGUUAUUUAUUAAAAUUGGUAAUGACUUUGCUAGUACUUAAUACAUGUUAUACAGGAAUUUAUAAUUUAGUUUUUUUUUAAUAGGGCGGUUUUAACUAAGAAUAAAUUCAUAUAUACUAUACAAUA